AUGCCUGCCAACCAAGAGCCAGCUCACUUCAUGCCUGCCAACCAAGAGCCAGCUCACUUCAUGCCUGCCAACCAAGAGCCUGUUCACGUCAUGCCUGCCAACCAAGAGCCUGCUCACCUCAUGCCUGCAAACCAAGAGCCUGCUCAUGUCAUGCCUGCCAACCAUGAGCCUGCUCAUGUCAUGCCUGUCAACCAGGAGCCUGCUCACAUAUUGCCUUCCAACCAAGACCAAGAGCAUGCUCACCUCAUGCCUGCCAACCAAGAGCCUGCUCACGUCAUGCCUGCCAACCAAGAGCCUGCACACCUCAUGCCUGCCAACCAAGAGCCUGCUUAUGUCAUGCCUGCCAACCCAGAGCCUGCACACCUCAUGCCUGCCAACCAAGAGCCUGCUUACGUCAUGCCUGCCAACCAAGACCAAGAGCAUGCUCACCUCAUGCCUGCCAACCAAGAGCCUGCUCACGUCAUGCCUGCCAACCAAGAGCCUGCACACCUCAUGCCUGCCAACCAAGAGCCUGCUUAUGUCAUGCCUGCCAACCCAGAGCCUGCACACCUCAUGCCUGCCAACCAAGAGCCUGCUUACGUCAUGCCUGCCAACCAAGACCAAGAGCAUGCUCACCUCAUGCCUGCCAACCAAAAGCCUGCUCACGUCAUGCCUGCCAACCAAGAGCCUGCUUACGCCAUGCCUGCCAACCAAGACCAAGAGCAUGCUCACCUCAUGCCUGCCAACCAAGAGCCUGCUUACGCCAUGCCUGCCAACCAAGACCAAGAGCAUGCUCACCUUAUGCCUGCCAACCAAGAGCCUGCUCACGUCAUGCCGGCCAACCAAGACCAAGAGCGUUCUCACCUCAUGCCUGCCAACCAAGAGCCUGCUCACGUCAUGCCUGCCAACCAAGACCAAGAGCCUGCUCACCUCAUGCCUGCCAACCAAAAGCCUGCUCACGUCAUGCCUGCCAACCAAGAGCCUGCUUACGCCAUGCCUGCCAACCAAGACCAAGAGCAUGCUCACCUCAUGCCUGCCAACCAAGAGCCUGCUUACGCCAUGCCUGCCAACCAAGACCAAGAGCAUGCUCACCUCAUGCCUGCCAACCAAGAGCCUGCUCACGUCAUGCCGGCCAACCAAGACCAAGAGCGUUCUCACGUCAUGCCUGCCAACCAAGAGCCUGCUCACGUCAUGCCUGCCAACCAAGAGCCUGCUCACGUCAUGCCUGCCAACCAAGACCACGAGCGUUCUCACCUCAUGCCUGCCAACGAAGAGCCUGCUCAUGUUAUGCCUGCUAACCAAGACCAAGAGCAUGCUCACCUCAUGCUUGCCAACCAAGAGCCUGCUCACGUCAUGCCUGCCAACCAAGAGCCUGCUCACGUCAUGCUUGCCAACCAAGGACUCGAGCGGUUAGAUUUUGGGCGAUUUCAUUACGAGACUAUAUUAAAUGCACAUAUUUUUAAGCUUACAAUUUUCUACGAAGGCCUGUUUUAUUAA